AUGACAUGUCGAGGGUGGGUGACGAGAGCUUCCAAGGUUCUGAGUGACCUUCUGGAGUCCUCCACCACAACCAUUAGUCAAUUUGAGUACGCCAUCAAGGAAUACGACCAAGAAGCAAUAGAAAUUGAUGUAGCUGAAGAAGAACUAGAACAACUUUUGGAUGAAGCCCAUGAGUUUAGACCAAAAAGUGUGCAGCCUAGGAUACAAGCUGAAGACCAGAUAAGGAAGUUAGCAGCAGCAGCAGUGGGUCCUGGCUCUAAAGCUGGCAGUAUUAGUGGACAGUCUUCAUCUCAAGAAUCAGAUGUCACCAACGUCAAGUUACCCAAGCUGGAACUGCCAAAGUUUAGUGGCGAAGUGACCCAAUGGCAGUCCUUCUGGGAUCAUUAUACUUCCCACAUCGAUGCAACAGACCUUCCAGUGAUCAGUAAGUUCACCUAUUUGCUGUCUUUGCUGGAGGGAGAUGCCAAGAAUGUCAACAUUAAUGUCAGCGGACCAAAGGGUGUAGCACAGCUGUGGAAAUUACGAGAUGACAUUCUAAUACACAUCCGCAGUUUGGAGGCGCUAGGCGUCACUGGAAAACAGUGUGAAGUGUUUCUUACACCUAUCAUCCUCUCUCGUUUGCCCAGUGAACUGCGGCUAGAGUGGGCCAGGGAUGGUGAUGGACAUGAGAGUGAUUUAGAUUGGUUAUUGACAUUCUUAGACAAGGAAAUUUCAAGAUUAGAAAGGUCUGAAGCCUUUAAGGGAAAGAGUAGUAGUGAGGAAAAGAAAAUUGAAAGUAAGAGUUCUAAAGACAAGGUGUACUCAACCGCAGCCCUUCAUGCUUCGUCCAAGCAAGAAAACACUAUGUGCAGUUUCUGUGGCAAGAAACACAAAUCAGAAAACUGUUUUGGUGUUCUAGAAUUGAGUGGGAAAGAGCGAGGUGAAAAAAUAAGAAGUUUAGGCCUAUGUUUCAAGUGUUUGAAGAGUGGACACAUGUCAAGAGAGUGUAAAGCUCGUACAAGGUGUACAAAGUGUAACGGUGCCCACUCUACCUUAAUGUGUGGUGUUAGACUGGAAAUUAACCUAAAGAAGGAAGAAAGUGAUGCAAAGGUAGGUGCUGUUGGCAUUGACAAGCUUGGUGAUGUGGCACUUCUGACAGGGCAAGGUGGUAACUGUACCAUUUUACAGAAAGCCAAAGUUCAAGUGAGUGGUAGUGAUGGUACUGUUGUCACUGCUCAGGUAAUGUUUGAUAAUGGUGCAGACAGAUCAUAUGUUAGUAGCAAAUUUGUGAAGAAGUGUAAACCACAGUGGAUCACUAGUGCACCUAUGCCAUACUCUAGUUUUGGGGGUCAUAGUAGUGGAAAAAAUGAACACAGAAAUGUUUAUGAGUUAAAGUUGUGGGACUCUGACAAGAAAUUGGUACCAUAUCAUUGGCUGGCGGAGAUUCCCAGAAAUGUCAGCCCUUGGGUAGGCCUUUCUGAUGAUUACCACCAUGAUUCUCCCAUUGAGAUUGAUACACUGAUUGGUCUAGAUUUCUACUGGGCACUGAUUUCUCCUGAAGAUGCCUUCCAAAUUAACCAUGUUGUAGCCAUGAAGUCUGUCUUUGGUUAUGUCUUGAGUGGCAGGCUGUAUGAAACCACUCGCACUUAUUCAGAUUUGUGUAAGUUUUGGGAUCUGGAAACUGUAGGGGUUAAGCCUUGGGAACUUGUUGAAAGUUAUAGUGAGACUAAAGUUUUCAAAGAAUUUGAGAAACAAAAUAAGGAGCUUAAGAAAGAUUAUCAAAAAGUGUUUGAUAGUUAUGAGUCUGAUCACAUGAUAGAAGAGGUACCAAGGCAGGAAAUUUCAGGUGUGAAUCCUGUGUACUAUAUGCCUUAUCGUCCAGUAGGGAAGUUAAGCAGUUCAAGUACUAAGAUAAGGCCUGUGUUUGAUGCCUCUUGUUACAAUGGUGUUUCCUUGAGCCAGGCGCUCUCCUCAAUUCCUUUACCUUCCUGCACGAUGUGGGCUUAA